GCCAAACGUCAAUCGUCAAUUUUUGUCAUGAGUUUUGUUUAUUUUUUUAAUACUUACCCUUUACAGAUUUUUCCUCUUUUUAACUAUUAAAAAAGGAGAAAAACAUUUCGGGUCUCACGUCUCACCUAUGAAGUCUACCCAUAUAUAAAAGGAAUAGGUUCUAAAGAGCAUUGAAUGAAUUAAGUAUUUUCUUCAUAGAAAAAUGAGCAAUCCAGGAAAUGAUAAUAAUCAACCUAAUGUAGAUUUAAGCAAGCCUCCUCCGGGUUAUGUGCCUAGGGCAUACAGGAGAACUGGUUAUUCAUGGACAGAUUACCAAAAUUCUUCAAAUCAGAGCACAGGAAGAGGUACACCAAAUAAUCGACAAACACCUAAUUCAUAUAAUAGGUAUGCUGAGAAUUCUCAGAUAAAAUUAGAAAAGGAUGUUAGCAAGCCAGGGUCAAGUAACGCUACAUUUAACAGUGCAAAUCAGUCCAACUUUCAAAAUGGUUUCUAUGCAAAUUACCUUCUUCAACCACCUCCUCCUCCGCCUCCAACAGAUUCAACCUCAUCUUCAGCCAAGGAAGCCCCUUCGCCUAAUCCUAGUCAAAAUUACUACUCCGACUUGUAUAAUACGUUGUAUGCUGCACCGCCUCGCUCUCAAACUGCUAUAGGAGCUAGACCGACCGUUAGUCCCAAACCUGCAGAGGAGUAUAAGGGCCAGUAUAACAGAAAGUAUAAAGGAUAUUACAAUUACAAUAGAUCUGGUCGCAAUUAUUAUCCCUAUACUAAGAAUAGACAAACGGCACCGAAGCCUCACGAGCCGCUGAAUAAAGGUAAGAAGAAAAAACCGCUGUCCCAAAGCAUGCCGUCGACAAGGGGCUGGACGCUGGAGCAGGCGAAGAGGGCCCUGGCAGUGGAAACGGAGUACAACAGGCGGCACAAGAGCCAGUCUUUGAUUGUGAAAUUUCCCGACAAGGAACUGAACAGGGAAAUUGUGUCCAAGCUGCACGGCCAGAUCGACCACGUAUACUUUCAGUUGCCCUGCACGCCGCGCUUCUGUUUCGUCACACUAAAGGAAGAUGCCAACGUGGGCAAGGUCAUGGAAGAACUGAACCAAAUCAAGUUUGGCGACGGAUAUUUGACGGUGGAGCCCAAGAAGGACAGGGAGGAAGAUUUAAGACUGGGUCCCGAAGAUAUCGAUCCAUUAACUUUGUAUGUGGGCAAUCUAGCUCAGGAGGUUACGGUAGAAAAAGUUCACAAGGCUUAUCCGAAAAAUAAGAGGGUGGACAUAGGUUUCGCGAAGAAGAUGAAGUACACGAGGUACGCGUUUGUCUCUUUUCACACAGUCGAUGACGCCAUCGAAGCCUUUCAAAAAACUCGCGCCGAGGAAAUGUAUGCCAAAACUAUAAUAGUCCGAUUCAGAAGACUGCACGGUACAGUAGGUCUGCCGGGCGAGCCGAAACCGCAAAACACGAAGAAGAAUUCGCCAGAAGGUCGGGCCGCGACCAGCCACGAGAAGAAGAACCCGUUCGACGAUUUGUUCGGGUUCAAAGAGGAACAGCCAGACCCCUACGAGGAAGAUGCUAUCACGGACUUUGACAGUUUGAAUCUGUUGGCGAGCGCGCCGCCAAGCGAGUUCGACCGCGUCUCGGUCGCCGGUUUCCCGGAUUCGCUUGUUCCGGAGGCAGAGCCGGUCUCGCCGGAACCGGUCCUGGCCAAGAUCAAGACGGAACCGCUGGACGACGAGGACAUGGCGCCCGCGGACCAUCCUGACGACGCGCCACUGCAUCAUGAAUCGGACCCGGCUAGUGAGAACAUCCAAAUCCCGUUCAUUAAAAAAGAAGAGGACAUCUUUGACGAUAAAUCACAAACCAUCCAUAAUGACGAUAAAGUUGAUAGCCCGGACUCUCUUCAGCACCUCCUCAGAUUAUUAGAUGACGAGAUUAAUCCUGGUGUGAAAGAAUUAUCCGUAUCAUCAGUAACAUAAUGGUGUACAACAGAAUCACAAUAUGUGAUAUUUUACCUAUGCUAUUUAAAUAACAGCUAUCGUUUUAUGUUUUAAAUUAAGAGUAUUUUUAAAUAUUUAAGUUUAUUAUGUAUUACAUUAUGGUAGGAAUAAAAUAUUUUGACUGUACUCUCUACUAGGGUUUACUGCGUUGCUGUUUUAAACAAUUGAUACAUAAUAUGUUAAUAUGUAUGUUAUUAUUAAUAAAUGAUAUAAAUUAGA